UUCGAACAGGAUUGGUUUUGCCAGUUUGCAUAAAACUCUACCAUCUCAAAGUAAACCCUCUUUACUCCUUAAACCGCUCUUUCUUACUCUCAUCCCUUUUCUUCCAAUCCCAGAGCAACAGAAGAAAUGCUGUCCACACUCCAACCCCCUCGCUCUCUUUCUCUUUCUCUCUUCUCUUUCCGCUCUCUCACCUUCUCUGCAUCAUCAACAUCCUUAAACUCACUUCCAGUCACCGCUUCUUCUUCCCUCACAGACCAAUCACCAUCCCAAAUCCUCAACAUCCGUCACUCCCUUCUCUCUCGCAACCUCACGGCCACCCAAGUCGCCGAGUCAUUCCUAACCCGAAUUAAACUAACCGAACCGCAACUCAACUCAUUUCUACAUGUAUCAGACAAUGUGUUACAACAAGCAAAAGAAAUUGAUGACAAGAUUGCUAGAGGUGAGAAAGAUGUGGGUCCACUUGCUGGUGUGCUUGUUGGUGUUAAAGAUAAUAUUUGCACCGUUGAUAUGCCAUCUACUGGUGGGUCCCGUAUCCUGGAGAACUAUCGUGCACCGUAUGAUGCAACAUCUGUGAAGAGAUUGAAGGAAAUGGGUGCUAUUGUUGUGGGUAAGACUAAUUUGGAUGAGUUUGGUAUGGGAAGUACAACUGAAGGUUCUGCUUUUCAGGUGACUUCAAACCCUUGGGAUGUUUCUCGGGUGCCUGGAGGAUCAUCAGGAGGAUCAGCUGCAGCUGUUUCUGCUAGGCAAUGUGUAGUAUCUCUUGGUAGUGAUACUGGUGGAAGUGUAAGACAGCCAGCAUCAUUUUGUGGUGUUGUUGGAUUGAAGCCAACCUACGGGCGUGUCUCAAGAUUUGGUCUCAUGUCUUAUGCUUCAUCACUUGAUGUUAUUGGUUGCUUUGGCACAUCAGUUGCUGAUGCUGGAAUUCUUCUACAUGCAAUUUCUGGUCAUGAUAGAUAUGAUGCCACCAGCAGUAGGAGAGAGGUUCCUGAUUUCACGUCUCAAUUCACUUCCAUAAAUCUUGUGGAAUCUAAGCCAUUGAAGGGAUUGAGGGUUGGUCUAAUAUGCGAAACUCUUGAUGAUGCUGUAGAUAAUGGAGUGAAAUCUGCAAUCAGCGAUGCUGCCUCCCAUCUAGAAGAAUUAGGAUGCUCUGUGACAGAGGUGUCAUUGCCAUCUUUCUCCCUUGGUUUACCAGCAUAUUAUAUUCUUGCUUCAUCAGAAUCCUCUUCCAACUUAUCACGUUAUGAUGGUGUCAGGUAUGGAAAUCAAGUUGGUGCUGAUGAGUUAAAUGGGCUUUAUGGGGACUCUCGAGCAAAAGGAUUUGGUCCUGAGGUCAAAAUGCGAAUUUUGAUGGGAACAUAUGCACUCUCAGCUGGUUAUUAUGAUGCAUACUAUAAGCGUGCCCAGCAGGUGAGGACGUUAAUUCAAAAAAGCUUUAAGGCAGCAUUAGAUGCAAAUGACAUCCUAAUUUCUCCAGCUGCUCCAUCUGCUGCUUAUAAGAUUGGUGAAAAGAGAAAUGAUCCGCUGGCAAUGUAUGCAGGCGAUAUUAUGACAGUGAAUGUUAACUUGGCAGGGUUACCUGCAUUGGUUUUGCCAUGUGGAUUUGUUGAAGGGGGGCCUGCAAGACUUCCUGUUGGUCUUCAAAUGAUUGGUGCAGCAUUUGAUGAGGAAAAAUUACUCAAAGUGGGUCAUAUAUUUGAGCAGACUCUUCAAGGCUGCAGAUUUGUUCCUCCACUGGUAGCUAAUGAUGUAUGCUAGUACCAGCUACCUCAUCUCCUUCCGCGAAUGCUUAAGCCGUGUGCUGAAGCAAUUUCAGUGAACCUCAUGAGCAAAUGGGCAGACCUGUUGAUUUAGCUGCAUCUAGGUUUUCGCAAUGUGAUUACUUUGCUGAGUUGUAAUUCUAGGUUUAUGCUUUGCCCAAGAUGAACUGCACCAUUCAAAUAAAAACUAGCUGUGUUUCUCAUUAGAACCUUGGUUGAUAUUCUUGUCUAAGCACUCAAUAUAUGGGUAUUUUGCUUCUAA